UUUGGGGUACAUUCAUCUAUUAUUUUUUGGCAACUCCCAAAACAGGUGUAAAAAUUGCAAGUUAAAAUCCUUAUUUACUUAUGCAUGAAAAAAACAGUGCAGUGCAUCGAGAUAUUAAAAUGUCCCACAAGUCUUGUGUAGAAUUAAGCGAAAUACGAAAGUUGGAUAAGAUAGUGCAACAGUGCGAGCAGUACAUGUCCAAUAACAAUAUCAACGACACCGCUAAAAAGCCGCCUUUGAAAGAGUUUCAAAGAAAUUGUGUAACCAAGUCCAAUAAAUUCGUUGAAAGAGAACUCUUUUCCCUCAUGUGCAACCUAAACAAAACUGAAAAGAAACAAGUUUUUGUUUCAGAUAUAUUGAUAAACGCCAGCAUGUUCGAUGAUAAAAGUGAGAGUUUAUCCAGAUUCCCGAAAAAUGUGGCGGAGCACGGCACAAUCGUCUAUCACAAGUUUCUACGGGCCAGUGACAGUAGCGUUUCCAUCGAUCUUAAGCUCAAAUCAAGUGCUCAAGGGAAAUACGAGCACAGGGAAAGGAACAUAGCCGACUGCUACUUUUCGCCUUUGUUGUUAAAAAUUAAUAACAAAAAAGAAUGUUUGAAGAGAGUCAAGGCAAAUAGAAGUGAACCUCAUCUAGAACCGUCUCGAAGUGAGGUUAAGUCCGCCCAAUCAAAGAGUCACUUCCCUAAAAAACAGAUCAAAAAAUGUAUCAAGUGUGAUAAAAAGAAACUAUAUUUCCGUUAUCAGAGUUCGGAAAGGGAGUGCGAAUCGUUUUGCUCGUAUAAAAAUAAUAAUGAUAUCUAUCGGAAUCAUAGGGGCAGCAACAGCUCCUAUGAAUGCAUGCUCAAGAAUAUCAAGUACAAUCCGAUUGAGAAUACUGUGGAGAACGGAUUGGUCGAUCAUUUCGACGAUGUACUGGACAAGGAAGCUCUGCUUGGAUCCAAGAGUGAACCGAAGAUGCAAGAACCCAUUGAGACGAUAAUUUCUUUGCGCGGAAACAUUUUACAUGACCAGAAGCUGCAGAACAACAAAUACCAUAAAUGGACUCUUUUGCACUACUCGCCUUUCAAAGCUGUUUGGGAUUGGAUAAUAUUGAUACUGGUUAUGUAUACAGCGAUAUUUACGCCCUAUGUGGCUGCAUUUCUGCUGGGUGAAAAAGAUUACCAAAGAAGAAAUAACAAAUAUAUCAACUCGGAUCCCAUUGUCAUCAUAGAUUUAAUUGUGGACGUUACUUUUAUCGUCGAUAUUCUUAUUAACUUUCGAACUACCUUUGUGAACGGACAGGAUGAAGUGGUAUCCCAUCCAGGUCGUAUAGCCGUUCAUUAUUUGAGCGGUUGGUUUCUAAUUGAUCUGGUGGCAGCCGUGCCUUUCGACUUGCUAUUGGUUGGAGACGAUACCGAUGAGGUAAGCGAUGAGACAACUACCCUAAUCGGACUCCUGAAGACAGCUCGACUCUUGAGGCUGGUUCGUGUGGCGCGGAAAAUUGAUCGAUAUUCGGAAUAUGGUGCUGCUGUACUUAUUCUGCUAAUGGCUACUUUUAUUUUGAUUGCCCAUUGGUUGGCCUGCAUAUGGUACGCAAUUGGCAAUGCAGAAAAAUCAAUGGCCACAAAAAAUAUAGGCUGGCUCCAUUCUCUAUCAUUUGAUAUUCAAGAGCCAUAUUUUGAGAACAAAACUGGUGGACCUUCAAUAAAGUCACGGUAUAUUACAGCUUUAUAUUUCACAUUUACUUCACUCACGUCUGUUGGAUUUGGAAACGUUGCGCCCAACACAGAUGCCGAAAAAGCAUUCACCAUAUGUGUUAUGUUGGUUGGAUCUCUCAUGUAUGCCAGUAUUUUUGGAAACGUUUCGGCUAUAAUACAAAGACUUUACUCGGGAACAGCAAGGUACCAUACACAAAUGUUGCGUGUUCGGGAAUUUAUACGCUUUCACCAGAUUCCAAAUCCACUGAGACAAAGACUGGAGGAAUAUUUCCAGCAUGCGUGGACCUACACCAAUGGAAUUGACAUGAACUCUCUGCUGAAAGGCUUUCCGGAGUGCCUCCAAGCAGAUAUUUGUCUGCAUUUGAAUAGAAAGCUAUUGACCACGUGCCCAGCUUUUGCAAACGCUAGUCCAGGAUGCUUAAGAGCUUUCUCUCUUAAAUUUAAAACCACUCAUGCGCCACCAGGAGACAUAUUGGUGCAUAGAGGAGAUGUUCUUACCUCUUUGUUUUUCAUAGCAAGAGGAUCGAUUGAAAUUCAAAGAAACAGCAACAUGAUUGUCGUCUUGGGAAAAAAUGACAUAUUUGGCGAGAACCCGUGCGUAUACCCAACGCUUGGAAAAUCAAAUUGUGUCGUUAGAGCGCUAACCUAUUGUGACAUUCAUAAGAUACACAGAGAUGAUUUGCUGGACGUAUUGGAUCUGUAUCCUGAGUUUCUUGAAAGUUUUGUCAACAACCUGGUACUCACGUACAAUAUGAGAGAUGAUGAUAACAGUGGUGUCGACAUUAAGCAUCGCUAUUUGAGAGCAAGGAAUUCUGAUAAUGUGAGGAGCACAAGUGAUAUCCCAUCCAUUAGAAUAGUUGGAUUACGCUAUAAAAAUCAUAAAGUAAAUACGUCUGUCCAUAAAGUAAAAACCGAAAACUCGAGAGAUUUGAAUAUUUUCAUUGAAAAUGAAAUUGCAAACUAUCAUUUAGAUCUAUUUGAAAAUAACAAUUAAGCACAAAGACAAUUUAAUGUCAUUUAGGUUUUAAUA